AUGAACGGGUUUGGUAACGUCAACCAAUUGAGCACACUGGCAGCACAGCACCAGGAACAGUCGCGGUCCAAGAUUGCAGUUAGGGGAUGGCAGAAUGCAACGCAACAGGACCUGCUAAACUUUGUGGCGCGUAAAACGCGGAUCGGAAUCCAGGACUCAUACGUACAGGGCGGGCAGAUCAUAGGCUUUGUGAACAAGCAGGACGUUCCCGCGUUGCUGAAGUUCAAUGGGAUCCGGUUUGCUGGUAACGCGUUGAAGUUUGAAAAGCUGGACGAGGACGGCACGGGGGCCACAACGUCGAACACAAUCACGCUGCUGCGUAACUUCCUGAUGAAGCGGUACAACGUGCAGACAAAGAUGCUUGAUCUUGGGGGUCUGUACGCGGACCCAGACCUGACGCAGCACGGUCUCGUUUCCUCGAUGUCUACACAGUCGAAGAUGUUCAUGGCGUUGAUGAAGCUGGCAGGCAGCGAGCCUCAGCUAGUUGUGGAGUCUGUAAAUCUGUCGAACAAUGGGCUGAAGGAUGUGAACAGCAUAACCUCGCUUGCGCAAACAUUUCCGCGGCUGCGGAACUUGUGUCUUGCCAAUAACCAGAUAGCGCGCUUCCAGUCGCUGGAGGUAUGGAAGAACAAGUUCCGCGAACUGCGCGAACUGCUUCUGAUGAAUAACCCGGUGGCAAACGACCCGAUGUAUCGUUCGGAAAUGCUGAGGAUUUUCCCAAAACUUGUGAUACUGGACAACAACCUGGUGAGAGAUGAGCAAAGGUUAAAUGCAUUAUAUUCGCUGCCUAUGCGACUACAGCAGUUUUUCUUUGAAAACGACACAUUGGGCAGUUCAGCAAUCGACUUUGUGACCAACUUCUUGAGACUUUGGGAUACGGACAGGAAGCAACUCAUGGCCCUUUACACGCCGCAAUCUCAAUUUUCCGUCAGCGUUGACUCUUCUAUUCCAGCUGCCACCGUUCCAGAGGCAGACCAGAGCCCAUCGUUUGGGCAUUACCUACCUUCUUCCCGCAAUAUGACGAAGGUGUCAAGCGAGAAGUCGAAGCAGGAGCGCCUUGGAAUGGGGCCGGAUGCAAUUGGGAACAUAUUCAAAGCUUUACCAGGUACAAAGCACUUCCUCCAAGAACAGCCAGAGAAGUAUUCUUUGCAAACAUGGACAUAUAGCCAGGUGGGGGGGUUUGUAAUUACUCUCCAUGGGUUUUUCGAAGAGGUUUCCAAACCAGAGGUUGAGAAUACCAAGUCAUACAGUUAUAACGCAAGGCAUAGACGGUACAACCAUGGCCAACAGAAUAGCGCCCAGAAUAAGCUUUCGAAAAAAUCCUUUGAUAGAACAUGGACGAUUGUCCCCACACAGGGUAGUGUCAUUAUUGCAUCAGAUCUGCUGACAGUGAGGCCAUAUGCUGCAGGUGCUUGGAUAAGAGUAGAUGAGCCAAAAAAAACACCAACUGCGGAUGUGAGUCAAGGAGCUCAGCCCGUUGCAGUACCGGCAGCAGGCCCCCAGAUACCGGGGCCGCCAUUGACAAAUACAAUGGUACCACAGCCAAUGGGCAUACCAUCUACGUUACAGCUUCCACCAGAGGUCCAAGCAAAAUUAAGUCCAAUACAGCUACAACUGCUUAACCGCUUGCACCAGGAUACAAAACUUAAUGCCGAAUACACAUACAUGCUAGCCGAACAAAGUGGCUGGGAUUACGAUGUUGCUUUGAAGAGCUUUCAGAGCAGUGUCAACAACCUGCCUAGGAAUGCUUUUGUGUAA